AAGAACAAACUUCAAUAAAUUUUAUGUAAUCAAAGCAAGAAUCACCAACUAUAGGCCUCACUUUAUAUCUAACUCUCCCAUCUCCUGCUUGCCUCUUCUCUACGUUACUGCUUCUAGUUUGUGGUUGACUGGUUUUUGCAUGAAUGACAUAAAGAGGCUUUGUUGCUGAGGUUAUAUAUAAAAGUAGAAAAGCUCCUAAAUUUAUUAUGCUUCUUCUCUCUUAGAAGGUUUAGAUCGAUAUAUAGAAUGUCUGUGUUUUUAGUUAUAUUCUUUCUGCUCUGUCUCGCAUUUAAUAGCCCUUCAGAGGCUAGGCCUGAGAAGAAGCUUCCAUCUGCAGUUGUUGUUGGCACUGUCUACUGUGACACAUGUUUCCAAGAGGAUUUCUCAAAGACCAGCCACUUCAUUUCAGGUGCAACUGUUGCUGUAGAAUGCAAAGAUCAUGGGAGUGCUUCAAGACAGAGUUUUAGGAAAGAAGUGAAAACAGAUAAACAUGGAGAAUUCAAAGUCCAUUUGCCUUUCUCAAUAAGCAAACAUGUGAAGAAAAUUGAGGGAUGUUCUGUCACAUUAAUCAGCAGCAGCGAGCCUUAUUGUGCUGUGGCCUCAACAGCAACUUCAUCUUCUCUCCAUCUCAAGUCAAGAAAGCAAGGGACUCACAUAUUCUCAGCUGGGUUUUUCACCUUCAAGCCUCUAAAGCAGCCAAACCUCUGUAACCAAAAACCAAGCAUUCAAGAUUCCAAGGAACUCUCAAUUCCUCCAACCGAUGGUUCAGCAAUUCUACCUCCAAUUCAAGACUCAGCAGUCCCAGAUCUUCCCCCCACCACAAAUCAUUACUUCCUUCCCCCUCUUCCUGGACUGCCUGGGCUUCCACCAUUGCCACAACUCCCACCACUCCCACCACUUCCAGGACUUCCAUUUCCACCUACUCCUGAAAAGACUACAAAUUCAAAACCUGCUAAACCCUCACAAGAUAAAAAGGAAGCCAACCCGGACCUUUUCUUUCCACCUCUUAUACCAAAUCCCUUCCAGCCACCUCCUCUUAUCCCGAACCCAUUCCAGCCACCUCCACUUUUGCCUAACCCAUUUCAGCCUCCGCCAGCACCAUUGAUUCCUUUCCCCCCAAUACCAGGUUUAACUCCACCACCAGCACCGUUGAUUCCUAUCCCACCAAUACCAGGUUUAACUCCACCACCAGCACCAUUGAUUCCUAUCCCACCAAUACCAGGUUUAACUCCAUCACCAUCACCACCACCUCCACUUCUGCCAUUCCCUUUCCCUCCAAUAUUCCCAUUCCCCCAUUCCCCACCACCACCAACCCCAACACCAACACCAUCUCUCCCAUUCCCUUUCCCUCCAAUAUUUCCAUCCCCACCACCUUCUUCAAAGCAUACUCCUCCUUAACUAAUCCGAAUCUACCCAUCUACAACUCUCAAAUAAUACCUUUCCAAUGUUGGUGAUUUUUUUUUUUUUUUUUUAAUGUAAAUUCUAAGAUUUGGAACUGCCAGAACAAUGGAGUUGGAUGUUUGUGGACUAGCUUGUAGUGUGCCUUUUUUCUCUUUUGUUUUUGUUCUAAGCGCACGUAGUAUGUGUAUUGUGAGUGACUAGGUUAAUUGUGGGAGACUAAAAUAAUGUAAUAUUGGAAUAAAGCUAAGGUUUCA